AUGAAGAAUACGCAAGAUCUCUUCAAGGAUAAUGAUGGGUUUAUUCCCUUUGAUGAUAGUAAAAACUCACAAGUAAAUACGAACAGCAGAAAACGAAAACGUGCUGAAUUAGAGGUUAUCACUGUGCUUACCGACGAAGACUAUCCAUGGGUACCCAAGAAUUAUGAUCUAAGUCAGUUUGAUCAUGCGACGGAACUCUUAAACCAAGAAUUACGGGCCUUUGUGGACUAUAUAAUGCCAACCGUCGAAGAGAAGCGAAUGCGAAAAUUUAUUAUCAAGAGAAUAGAGAAUGUCUGUGAAGAGUUAUGGGGGGAGUCGAUGGUUUAUGCAUUUGGCAGUUUUGAUACAAAGUUAUACCUUCCAACUAGUGACAUUGAUCUAGUGUGUUUCUGUUCCUCGUACGACGCUUACAAGCCAGAUCCAACCUUGAAUAGACUGUCUAGAAAACUCAAGAAUGAAGAUAUGUGUCAGGGACCUCCCCAAUCGAUCGCCCGUGCAAAGGUUCCUAUUAUUAAAUGUCAGGAACGAUAUUCUGGCAUAUCUAUGGAUAUUUCGUUCAAUAACAUUUCCGGGUUGGAAUCAGCUCGAGUGGUCAAGGAAUAUUUAAAUACAGUUCCUGCCCUUAAGGAGCUCACGAUUGUAAUCAAACAUUUCCUGAUGUUGAAGAAUCUCCACGAUGCUGCCUUUGGGGGGCUUGGCAGUUAUAGUAUAGUAAUAAUGGUCCUGCAUUUCCUACAAUUACAUCCAUUGAUUCAAAAGGGUUACAUAAAACCAGAAAAAAAUCUUGGAGUGCUCCUCAUAGAAUUCUUCGAGUUCUACGGAAACCAGUUUAAUUACCGAGAUCUUGUGGUUAGCAUACGAGAUGGUGGCAAAUAUUAUCAAAAGAGAGAUUGUCAAUGGACAUCGUUAAAUUUCGCCCAAAUCUGUCUAGAAGAUCCUGCCAAACCAGACAACGAUGUUGCGAGAGCAACAAGAAACUGGUAUGACAUCAAGAAAGAAUUUGGUUUGGCAUAUAUUGACUUGACUGAAAAGGUGGCAAACGUACAGAGCACAUACUUUGAUGAAAAAAGCAAGGGAGUCUCGGAUGAUGAUUUCCCACUAUCUAUAUUGAAAUCAAUAUUACACGUUCCGGCUGAGAUAAGAUCUUCGAGGGAACGGUUACAUGAGGCUUACUCGAAUGGAGCAUUGCAAAAGGCUCUAGGAGUUUCUCAGGAUGAAGAUUUUACAGACGAGUUUUCGGAAACCGCCUUACGAACGAAAGAAGAAAUUAUCAAACGUUCCUUCAUCAAAGAAAUUCGAGAAGUUGAUAACCGAUUGUCUAAUAAUUAUUCUAGCUUCAGAGGUAGACGUUCAUCUGGCAGAGAUUUUGAUUUCCUUGAUUUGGUAGGUUCGACGUCGACUCCGAGAAACAACAAACGGCACAAGAAAAACGGAUCGUAUAAUAAAUACGACUUGCAGAAUCUACCAUUUGUUGCUCUCUCUAGUGAGGAGGAGAACAAUGCGAGUUUUUGGUAA